UAUUAUUAUUUUUAUUUUUUAAUUCUCUCUCCCUCAAGAAACAUACGCGAUCCAAGCCACAAUAGUGUGUGCGCUUGCGCCGCAACCCAAACUCGGAUUUUGCUCCGCCCCCGCGACCGGACGAACGAAAGGCCCUUCCUCUCUGUUCCCUCUGUAAAGCAUGGCUAGAUCAUUGUCUGGCGUGAUGUUGAAGAACAUUCUUAGGUCUGCUGCCCCUUCGUUCAACUUCAAGUCAUCUGGAGCUGUUCUUUGUCGAGGCCUGGAUUAUACAACUAGGAUAAGUGGUGAUUCUGAUACUCAUGAGGAUUUCAGGCCCACUGAUAAUCUUCAGAGUUCUGGGACUUCUCUGGUUGAUCUUGUUCAACAGGAUGUUAAGGAAAACCCUGUCAUGAUUUACAUGAAAGGUCAUCCUGAUGCUCCUCGCUGCGGGUUCAGUGCAUUGGCAGUGAAGGUCCUGCAACAAUAUGGGGUUCCAAUCACCUCAAGAAAUAUUUUGGAAGGUUCUGAGAUCAAAGAUGCUGUAAAAUCCUUCACCAAUUGGCCAACGUUUCCACAAAUAUUUAUCAAGGGGGAGUUUAUCGGUGGAUCUGAUAUCGUCCUUAAAAUGCAUCAGGAUGGUGAGCUCAAGCUGUUGCUCCAGGACAACGUAGACAACAAGGGAAAAGAGUAGUGAGACACAAUCCUAUUAGUUACAUCUGAUUGACAUCACUUUGUUUUAUGAAUAUGAUUAUCAUAGAUGUUUUUUUCGCAAAAUAAACUACUGGGAUGUUAUCACUGAAGAUAAUAACAUUAUGAACUUCCUUGAUUUCAAUAUUUUUAACUUUGUAAGUCAACGUAUUUGUA